AAGUGACGUCUAAGGUUAAAACUUUGGUAUAUAAGACCUGAGUUUUCUUGCAGCAAGAUUGGACAGACCAAGUUCACUCUGCAGGGCACCUCGUGUCACCACCUGUUACUUUCUGUUUGUCUACUUCUGUAAAUUCGAGAGUCAAAGAUGUUGGCAUCACGCGCACUCCUUGCCAAGCAAACUGCAGUUGCGCUGGCGCGCCAGUCUGCAUGUCUGAUGCAUCAAGGCGGAGACUGGGGCAACUGGGGCAACACCAACGUAGCUGUGGUUUUUUCAGGCUGUGGUUGGUGGGAUGGCACUGAUGUCCAUGAAGCCACCUACACCAUGUACCAUCUGAGCCGAAAUGGAGCCCGUUUUCAGAUCUUUGCGCCCAACCAACAGCAGAUGCAUGUUAUGGACCACAUGAAGAUGCAGCCCUCAUCUGGUGACAACAGGAACAUGAUGAUCGAAUCGGCUCGAUUCAGUCACGGUCAGGGUAUGACGCAGAUGAACGACCUGUCCAAACUCGAUGUCAACAGUUUUGAUGCCGUCAUCUUCCCUGGAGGGCAUGGAAUAGUCAAGAACCUGUCCACCUUCAACAAAGAUGGGAAAGACUGCAAGCUGAAUAAUGACGUAGAACGGAUUCUGAAGGAAUUUCAUCGUGCUCGCAAACCAAUUGGUUUGGCUAGCAUGGCUCCUCUCCUGGCCUGUCGAGUGCUGCCCAGUCUAGAGAUCACGAUGGGUUACGAGCGUGAUGAAAGCAGCCGCUGGGGUCGGUGGCCAAACACUAACAUGGUGCAAGCGGUGAAGAGCAUGGGUGCCCGUCACAACAACCGUGAACCUUAUGAGGUUCAUGUGGACGAGAAGAACAAGGUCAUCAGCACUCCAACCUUCAUGUGGGAGACUGACUAUCAUUAUCAUUACAUCUUUGACGGUAUUGGAAACAUGGUCAAGCACGUCAUGCGUAUGACUGCCAAGUAAUUCUCCUGAAUCAAGACAGAAGGCUUUCAGACGUAACUUUUAGGUUGACCCGAACCUGCUAUUUGUGGGCAUACAGAGAGUAAAUAAAGAAAAGCAUGCAAUGCUA